AUGAGCUUGAAGACCACCUUUAUGUGUCUGGUCGUAGAAGCUUCGAAACACGCUGUGACUCUCGUGGUUGCUCGGCCUGUGGAGAUGCUCCUAGACAGUGCUAGUGAAUUCGCGCCCAACAAGGAAGUCACUAGAAGCUUCGAACGUCACUCCCCACUGACGCUGACUAGCAGUCACGUGCACACUGAAGCAAGUCACCAGUACGUACCACAAGCCAGUAGCUCUACGGCAUCACCCCAGCGGUGGAACACCGGAACCACUUCUCACGCCACGACGAGAGAGGUGGUCGACCGCGAUGCUUGA